UCAGUUCUCGAAAUUUAUACAAGCACUCGACUACGUUUCGGGUUUGCAUAAUUGUCUCAAAUUCUCCGAACCCGUAGUGUUUACAAAGUCUAUGUAAACACGGAAAAGGUACUCUGUUGCUUAACUAUAGACCACUGAGUCGAGAUAGGCCUAACCAUAGCUCAUGCUGGAACUUAACUUUCUUACAGCAAGUGCUUGAAUGGAAGUCGUGGUGCGCAGGUCCGAGUGACUUGGGACUAUGGACGUAACGCCAGAUUGUAAUGUCGCCAAUUUAUGCCAAUUACAACCUUGACAUGCAAAGAACAUGACAGCCAUCAACAAUAACAACUUAGUUACACUAAGUAGCCUUUUAGCCAAAGAUGUCCCUCUGGCGUACAUUCUGCCUGAGCGGCCCUCGACUUUCAACCUGAAAGCAAGUUUCGUGAACGACAAGAAAUACAUUAUCCACGACUACUCUUCGAACAUUACCGCUGACCACAGAUACUUGAAGGCGAUGAGAGCUUGCCCUGUGGCAGGCAAUGAGCUUCCUAUCCUACUGACACGUGCUGUGCAUCCCCGUAUAAGAGAACAUUGGUCUGAAUGGCUUCCUUUCCUCCCUAAACCUGAUAUCAGAAUCUUUGACAAAGAGGACACUAAAACUCGUCCUAUGAUUGUGAACUUUCCUUUUCAAAGUUUUUCCGCCGAUAAACAUGCCGUCGAUCCCGACAUCCACUACGAGCUCAGUUCCAAGACCAGAAUCCCCGAGAUGGGGGCACCGUGCCCUCGGUACAUGUCACGUGACAACUACACUCUUCCAUGCAUGAUCAAAACUACCCAAGGGGUAGGGGGUAGAGGCGUGUUUCUCGCUCGAAACAAAGAUGAAGCUCAGAACGCUUUUCGUGAACUUAAAACCAAUUUCCAUUGCCAGGAACCCGUAAUCACUGAAGUCAUUCAACACAUUAAAGAAUUUCUCAACGUUCAACUCUACCUUUUUCAAAAUGGCGACUUUCAUUGGCUGGGAGUGAGACGAAAAACGGAUACGGCGUUUCGCGAGGUUCACCAAGCUCCUACACCGGAUGUGGACUGGAACGAGCAGAAGCAAUUGAGAAAGUUAGCAUGGGAUGUUGCUUUACCAGUGAUGAGCUAUCUUCACAAACAUGGCUACUUUGGGUUUAUAGGGGUUGAAAUACUGAUCAACAACAAGGGGAAGUUUCUCAUUGAUGUUAACCUCAAGACCUCGGAUUCAACGUAUUUGUUACUUCUGGCUCCUCAUUUAGCGGCGUUUCUAAACUUUCCCGUUUCCAUUGUAGCGGAUAUUCGUCCGACAAGCAUUGAACAGUUGCUUGAAGAAAUACAUAAGGUAAACUGUGAAAAGGAUGGUAGAGUAAUCGUGUUGUCAGGUGAUGAAGAGCGUGGCGAUAAACCAUUGAAAGCAUGCGUGGUUGUAUUCGCCAAGGACGUGGAAACAGCUUUUCUCUUGCAUCGAGAGUUAAUCAACUCGUGUGCAUUGAUAUGCAAUGGCAUCAGUGAUCACAACAGCAAAAAUCCAAACAGAAUGGUGGUGCUAAAUAAGACAUGAAAGCACUCUUAUGAAAAUCGCCGCAAGCAACUUGUUCCUAAGAUUCACGAUCAGUUUAGCAGGACAACAGUUCAGAAAAAUAAUACCUCGUUUUGUCAGAAGUUAGCAUGAGGCCCUGUUAAGGCGGGGAG